GAACCAGUUGAUUUGUUUACCUUCAUCUGCUCUUGAACCCCCUCCUCCACUCACGAAUUUCCACUCAACGCCAACCGGUCGCGCGCAAAGCCCAGCGUUACACCACCUCCCACCACACCUCGUUCCGAUUAAGAAACACCGCUGAUCAGCGGAUCACCAAUCUACAUUGCAGAACUACACAAGGUAGUCUUCGGCAACCCGAACUCACAACCAGACCGCUCUCGGGCAGUCAGGCAUUACCCCACGUACUUUGCCGCAAGCCAACCUCGGGCGAGGGGUUCGCGCGACUUUGAACAACUUUUUGGGCGCCCAGCCGUACCAUCCCCACCUCGACGCGGGAGAUCGCGAGACUUGCGCAUCUACACCGCCAUCGUCACCGACGGUCCCAAAACAUCAUCACCAGCGAAAAGAUGUCGACUCCAGAGUAUAUGGGCAUCGACUCCGGUCGCCGCAACCGAACCCCAAGGCCAUUGACAGAAGAGGAGCGCGCGCGUCUGGAUGAAUUCCUCGACGGCAUACAUUAUUCCACUAGAUACUCUGACAGCGAAUUCGAGUACCGCCACGUGCAACUGCCCAAAGCUAUGCUCAAAGCUAUUCCCAGCGAAUAUCACGACAAGUCAAAGGGCACAUUGAAACUUCUGUGGGAGGAUGAAUGGAGGGGCAUGGGGAUCACACAGAGCCUUGGUUGGGAACACUACGAGGUUCAUGAGCCGGAGCCCCAUAUUCUCCUCUUCAAGCGGCCCCUGAAUUAUCAACCACCCCAGUGAAGCAAGCCGAGUAGCGGAGAAGAAGAUACCGAGGUCUGAGUCCUCGGGCGUUUUGCAUUAUCAUGGCAGGCACGACCGCAUAGCGAAAUCACCUUACUGUAUGACUACCUACCUAUAAUGCCCGGAUGGGGGGCAAGCGGCGCGUCAUGGGCCCGCAGCGUGGCUCGGUCUUCGAUUGGGGGUUGCACACACACGAGGCACGCCGCUAUUCCGACCUCUGUACUCUCACCAGGCCUAGCGGCGUGCGAUGGCCUGGCCGAGGAGGUAAAUUCCAGGAUACGAGGCUGUGUGAUGGGUCGGAGAACCGAUCCGAGUGCCGAUUGAGGGUUGCACGGAGUUGACGAGAUAGUCGCAUCUGGGCAGAGCGAGUCGGAUGAGACGUCGUUCCGGGAUGCUGCAUUUGUUGGUUAUGUACUGGAUCAACAGCAAAUAAUAAUACCACGGUUUGAUCAAA